AUGUUGGGUGUCAAGCGUAAUGGUGUUACUACUAAUGGCGUCGACCAUGGCCAAACAAAGAAAAGAGUGAAAUAUGCAGUUGAAGACGACGAGGAAGACGAAGCUGGUGAAUCAAGUGAAGAAGAAGAGGAGGAAGACGAUGAUGAAGACGAUGAAGAUGAUGAAGAAGAAGAAGAAGAAGAAGAUGAUGACGAACAAGAUUUACAAGACCCAAACGAUCUUCUUUCAAAAGAGCAGAAACUAUUGGCUCUUUCUAGAGAAAUCAGCUCUGCUAUUAAGAAUGACCGUGCCAGAGCUGCUCGUGAAGGUGGGUUAGAACAAGCUAGGGAACAUUUGGAGAAAAUCAAUGCUGCUUUUGCUGAAAGACAGAAACUUAAAUCAUCACACAAAACUCUUGAAGUGUAUGAUUCUAGAAAUUUACUCGAUGGUGGUGAUUUGAUGGAUAUCGCAUUGAGAAACAUAAAGCUAGGUACCAGUGGAGGUGUCUUGAAUGUUGAGGAGUUUACAAGAAGAAUGAAAACUUUCCUAUUGAAAACUGCCAUACAGUAUGAUAACGAAGAUGAUGAUCCAGAAAAUUAUUAUGAUAAGAAACACGAAUUUAGAAAGUUUAAUUGGUUUCAAUUCGGUACAUUCUUAUAUUCAAGAGGUAAUAAAGCACCAACAACAAGUCAUUUAUUAGGCCCAUUAGAAAUAGAAAAGAAAAUUAGACAAUUCAAGGCAAGGGUUGCUGAAAUACCUGUUGGUAAACAAGUUACUGCUGAAAAAGUUAGUGGUGAUGAUAUCAAUGGUAAAUCAAUUAAUCAAACUCCUAAUUCAGUUCAAGAAUGUUUCAAAGUGUUCCACGAAAAAUCACACGGAGCUGAAAUUAACAUCUUCAAAUUUUUCAUAAAUCCUCACUCUUUUUCACAAUCCAUUGAAAAUAUGUUUUUUACAAGUUUCUUGAUAAGAGAUGGUAGAUUGAUAUUAGGUGAAGAUGAAGAUGGAUAUCCAACAAUAGCAGAAUUACCACCACUACCUCAAGAUCCAAAGGAAAGAGAAAAAGUGCUAUUAGAAAGACGUGAUAGACCUUCAAAUCAUAUUAUCUUCCAAUUGGAGUAUGAUAGUUGGAAGAAUCUAAUAGAGAAGUUAAACAUCACUGAAUCGUAUCUACCACACAGACUUGAAGAGGAUUGA